AGUUGUAUAGUAGUUGUGGAAGUUAUGUCUACUGCAACCACCAACUCUAUUCCUGAUGACCUCUUUAAGAAGGCCAAGACCGGCAAGGGACGGAGGGUAUUAGCCGAGAGGGCAUCCAAACUUCAAGAGAACGAUAAGACGGUUAUGCUACUCCGAGGGCCUCAGGCUGGACAGGACGUCAAUGCUCUAUUGAAGGAUCUAUACGAUAUGCUUAAACCUAAUGCAGUCAAUUUGAGGAGGAAUGAGAGUAUCCAGCCGUUUGAGGAUCCUGGCACCUUAGAAUUUCUCGCGAAGAAGAAUGAUGCCAGUCUAUUCAUAUUCGGAUCGAAGACUAAGAAACGGCCCUUCCGUUUGGCUGUCGGCCGAACUUUUGACCACCAACUGCUCGACAUGGAGGAGAUGCACGUGUCCAACUACGUUCCGGCUAGCCAGUUCAGAGCAGAGGCUCCUCGGCUGGGCAGCAAGCCUCUAGUUAUCUUCCAGGGCGAUGGUUUCGGUAGUGUACCUGACCUGCAGCACGCCAGGUCUCUGUUGUUGGACGUAUUCAGAGGAUCACAGGCUAAGGCAGUGGCCCUGGAUGGUCUUGAUCACGUCGUGGUCUUUUCUGCAGUUGAGGACCCUGACGAGGCCGGCUCUCAUCUCAUAUGCUUCAGGCACUACCGUAUGAUAUUCAAGCGUACUGGCACUAAGCUGCCACACGUGGAGCUCGCCGAGCUCGGGCCGAGAUUCGACCUUAAAACGGACAGGGAUAAAGCUGCUGAUCAUGAGAAGUGGAAGUAUGCUACUAGACUCCCGACACAGACGUCUACUACUGAGUAUAACAAGGAUAAGGAGCGUCCUAACAAGUCUAAGAACAUCACCACUGAUAUCAUGGGUCAACGUCGUGGCCGUAUUCAUCUCGAGAGCCAGAACUUCGAUAAGCUGUACACUCCUCAUCACAAGACUUUCCUCAAAAGGAAAGAGAAGUUUGCCGAGACAACUGCUACUGACGAAGGAGGAUAUAGUCCCUCACCGAAGAAGGCCAAGUCCACUUAAGUGCUACUGAGCCCUCCUUACG